UCUCAUUUCGUUCAUUCUAAAAAAACCCAAUCCACACUUUUUCUUCUCUCUGCAAACUGAAUAUUCCUCUUUUGUUUUUCCUAUAAAUUCAUCAUAAAUUACUCACACAUUACACCAAUUUCACUAACGAAAUUCCCUUUCUCAAUUUCAAUUUUCAUAAUCUUGUUUUUGACUCUCAAGUUUUUCGAUUUCGUAUUGAUUUUGAGGUGAAUUGAUUGGAAAAGGGAAAAAGAUUUGAUCUUUGAAUCAGGGGUGUUUUCGGUAUGAGGCUAAACGGAGAGUUUUCGAGCGGCGAAGAAGAAGAAGUAAUGGAGAAAUCUGAGGUCGGUACGACGCCGUUUUCGGGACAGAAAGUUGUUGUUGGGUAUGCGUUAACGGCUAAGAAGAAGAAAAGCUUUCUGCAACCGAAUUUCAUUUCUCUUGCAAGGAGCAAGGGCAUAUACUUUGUUGCUAUUGAUGUGAACAAACCACUGUCAGAACAAGGUCCAUUUGAUAUUGUCUUGCAUAAGUUGUCAGGAGAGGAAUGGCGUGAUAUUAUCGAGGAUUUCAGGCAAAAACAUCCCGAUGUAAUUGUUCUUGAUCCCCCAGAUGCAAUUCAACAUUUACACAAUCGCCAAUCCAUGCUUCAAGAUGUGGUGGAUCUAAACUUAUCUGAGAGCUACGGCAAGGUUGGCAUCCCUAGUCAGCUAGUUAUCACAAAAGACAAAGACUCAUCUAGUAUCCCAUAUGAAGUCACCAAAGCUGGGUUGAAGUUGCCAUUAGUUGCGAAACCUCUAGUUGUUGAUGGCACUGCAAAGUCACAUGAACUAUUUCUUGCUUAUGAUGAGUUCUCUCUUUCAGAGCUUGAACCUCCUCUGGUUCUACAAGAGUUUGUGAAUCAUGGCGGUCUUCUCUUUAAGAUCUAUAUUGUUGGGGAAAGCAUAAAGGUUGUGAGGCGUUUCUCUCUUCCCAAUAUCAGUAAACGCGAGCUAUCAAAAGUCGCUGGUGUAUACCGUUUUCCAAGAGUUUCAUGUGCAGCAGCUUCUGCAGAUGAUGCCGAUCUAGAUCCUAGUAUUGCCGAACACCCACCAAGAUCUUUGUUGGAAAAGCUUGCAAAGGAGCUUCGACAUAGAUUGGGACUUCGAAUGUUCAACGUAGAUAUGAUUCGAGAAUACGGGACCAAGGAUGUAUUUUAUGUCAUUGACAUCAACUACUUUCCAGGGUAUGGAAAAAUGCCAAACUACGAGCCUGUAUUUACGGAUUUUCUACUUAACCUAAUGCAGAACAAAUGUAAGAAGAAACUUACUGUCUAAAGCCAGAACAGUUAGAAGGAACGGUCGCGUUUAACAGAAUAUUUUCUGUUUUCUUUUCAGUUCUUGUUAAUUAAUACGAAAAUAUCACUGUUUUCGUUUUAUUUCUUAAAAUAUUUAUGAAGGAAACAUAUUUGAUGUUUUCAUUGUUUUCUUUACAAAUAUUUAAAGGAUAGGAAAUAAAAUAAAAAUAAAAGUGAUAUUUUUAAUAUUAUUAACAAAAACAAGAAAUAAAAACAAUAAAACAUUAUUUUUACUAAAUAGGUCAUUAGAUUAGACAAAUGAAUAGAAUGUUGAUGAUUAGUGGCUUUCUUGUAAGUUGAAGAACAAUACACUGUUAACAACUUUGUCUACAAAUUGGCAUGGAAUGUCAAUGAGCUGCCAAAAUAUUCGAAAGGAUGAAAUGUGUUUGUCUAAUCUCUCUAUGUAUAUCACUCGACCAAAAGAGCUUUUGUUGUGAA